AUGCGUCACCCCCCUCCUACCCCAGGCGCCUUUACUACAUUCAAUAACAAUGCCGUCUUCUUCCCACCCGCCAACUAUACCAGCUGGCGCACUAUCUAUGGGCGAACCCUGCAAUUGCCGGAUGAGUCGCUCCUCAUGACAUGGGAGGAUUAUCCUCCUGAGCCUCCAACCGUUUACUUCCCCAUUUACCGAUCGAUUGACGGAGGUGCUACCUGGUCCGAGUACUCACGCGUCCAUGACACCAUGAACGGAUGGGGAUUACGCUAUCAACCAUUCCUCUACCAACUUGAUCAAGCCUGGGGCAAAUAUGCUGUCGGCACCAUUCUUAUGGCUGGCGCCUCAGUCCCGUCUGAUCUAAGCCAAGCCUACAUAGACCUCUACGCGAGCACAGACAAUGCUAAGACCUGGCAAUUUGUCAGUCACAUCGCAUAUGGGAAGGGACCUGAGACUGUGACCAACGGCAACGCUGCUAUUUGGGAGCCCUAUUUGAUGUCGUACAAUGGCAAAAUGAUCUGCUUCUUUUCGGACCAACGCGACCCAGCACACGCUCAAAAAUUAGUCGCAGUCACUACAAGCGACCUUGUGACCUGGUCAGCGGACUUUGAUGUUGUCGUGUACCCAACUUACGCCGAUCGUCCCGGCAUGGCGACUGUCGCGCAUAUUGAGUCCACGAACCAGUAUGUUAUGACUUAUGAGUACUGUGGCUCGCAACAGUGUCGCGCCUACUACAGGGUAUCUUCAUCACCUUUGACCUUUGCUUCAGUGCAGGGAUUACCUAUCGUGUCGAAUGACACUGCGAUCGCCCCAGUGGGUUCACCCUAUGUGAUCUGGACCCUGCACCCAAACCGCACCGAUGGAUCGGGUCUUAUCAUUAUGAACGGCGCAUCAAGAGAGGAGGUGUUUGUGAAUGAGGACACAGCUCACACAAACGGAUGGAAGAGGGUUAAUGUCGGCCAGUGGUCUUCUUAUUCUCGGUCCUUACGGAUCAUCCAAGUUGCUGGUCAGAAGCGGUUGUUAUUGGGGAAUGGAGGCAAUAUGGUAUCCGAUUCUUCGUGUAACUGGGUGGUUUGUGGUGUGGUUCCAAUUCCGACUUGA